CAGGAGAGAGGUGGAUGAUUUCUUGGAAGCCAGUGGCUCUGGACCUGGUAAAAGAACAGCCCUCUCCAUUUUCAGGACUUCCCGGAAGCUGCUGUUUGUGUUUAGCUUCCGAAACGACAAAGAGAGAUUUGAAAAGCUGUGCCGAUGUAUACUGAGCAGUAUGGACGUGGAGAAUGAAUCUAAGGUGUGAAGGUACGUGUCGCUAGCGCUUUCGAAGGAUCUCACUCUCCUGUGGAUCAAACAGGUCAAAGAUAUUCUGUGGCUUUGCUGUGAAUAUCUCAAGCAGCUCAAGCCUGACAUCUUGCAAGAUUCCAAGUUGGUGAACUUGCAUCUCGCAAUGUUGGUGACCUUUACAGACACCUGCACAUGGAAGGUCCUGCGGGGGAAAGGAGAAGCUCUGCGGCCAGCCAUGAACCACCUCUGUGCAAAUAUCAUGGGCCAUCUCAACCAAAAAGGCUUUUAUUCUGUGCUGCAGAUUCUGCUGACAAAUGGAUUGGCCCGAUCCAGACCCUCCCUUUCUAAAGGCACUUUGACAGCCGUGUUUUCUCUUGCAUUGCGUCCUGUGGUUGCUGCUCAGUUUUCCGACAACCUCUUGCGAUCCUUCUUGAUCCACAUCAUGUCUGUGCCAGCUGUAGUGACCCAUCUGUCCAUGCUGACUCCAGAGUGCCUGGCGGUGAUCGACUCGCACCACCUCUUGCACAAAUUCCUUUGGUUCCUGAGAGACGAGGAACAGUGCCGGGACGUCUGUGUGUGUCUGGAAGGAAGCCACACGCUCUGCCUGCUGGGCAACCUCAUCUGUCUGAGCUCCCUGAAUGACAAAGUGCUGGAGGAGGAGACGGCCCACUUUGUGAGCGUCCUCAUCCAGAUGCUCUCGUACUGCCAAAAGUACGUCUCGCAAAAGAAGUCCAACCUCACUCACUGGCACCCCGUCCUUGGCUGGUUUUCCCAGACGGUGGAUUACGGCUUGAACGAGUCGAUGCCCCUCCUCACCAAGCAGUUGCAGCACCUCUGGGGCGUCCACCUGAUCCGCAUCCUCUUCAGUGAUGUUCUCAGCAAGAAGCUCCUGGAGAACCCGGAGGCGGCUCAUGCGGCAGCACCUUCCACCUCCCCGCAGAACAGCCUGCCCAUGAAAAGCCUCUUUAAGCGCGCCUUUCAGAAAUCUGCAUCUGUCCGCAACAUUCUGAAACCUGUUGGAGGCAAGAGGGUGGAUUCCGCAGAGGUGCAGAAGGUCUGUAGCGUCUGCGUCCUUUACCAAAUGGCCCUCACCACUCUGACGCAGAUCCGGCUGCAGAUACUCACAGGCCUGACCUAUCUGGACGACCUCUUGCCCAAACUGUGGGCUUUCAUCUGUGAAUUGGGGCCCCAGGGAGGCCUCAAGCUCUUCCUGGAGUGCUUGAACAAUGACACGGAAGAGUCCAAGAGGCUUCUGGCCAUGCUGAUGCUCUUCUGCGAUUGCUCCCGUCAUCUCAUCACGAUUCUUGAUGACAUCGAGGUCUACGAAGAGCAGGUCUCCUUCAAACUGGAAGAGCUUGUUACCAUUUCAUCCUUCCUGAACUCCUUUGUGUUUAAGAUGGUCUGGGACGGGAUUGUGGAGAACGCCAAAGGAGAGACGCUGGAGCUGUUCCACUCCGUCCACGGCUGGCUGAUGGUCUUGUACGAGAGGGACUGCCGCCGGCGCUUUGCCCUGGAGGACCACUGGCUGCGCAAGGACCUCAAACCAAGCUUGCUCUUCCAGGAACUUGAUAAAGACCGGAAGCGAGCCCAGCUGGUCCUGCAGUACAUCCCCCACGUCAUCCCCCACAAGAACAGGGUGCUGCUCUUCCGGAACAUGGUGACCAAAGAGAAGGAGAAGCUGGGACUGGUGGAAACUAGUUCCGCCUCACCACACGUCACUCACAUCACCAUCCGCCGGUCGCGCAUGCUGGAAGAUGGGUACGAGCAGCUGCGGCAGCUCUCUCAGAAUGCCAUGAAGGGGGUGAUCCGGGUGAAGUUUGUGAACGAUCUGGGGGUGGACGAGGCCGGCAUCGACCAAGACGGGGUCUUCAAGGAGUUCCUGGAGGAGAUCAUCAAGAAAGUGUUUGACCCUGCUCUCAACCUUUUCAAGACCACCAGUGGCGACGAGAGGCUGUAUCCCUCCCCCACAUCCUACAUCCACGAGAACUACCUCCAGCUCUUUGAGUUUGUCGGGAAGAUGCUUGGGAAAGCUGUUUAUGAGGGGAUUGUUGUGGACGUCCCUUUUGCAUCUUUCUUCCUGAGCCAGCUGCUUGGCCACCACCACAGCAUCUUCUACAGUUCAGUGGAUGAACUUCCUUCGCUGGACUCUGAGUUCUAUAAAAACCUCACCUCUAUCAAGCGUUACGAUGGAGACACCAGCGAUUUGGGUCUGACUCUGUCUUAUGAUGAAGAUGUGAUGGGCCAGCUUGUUUGCCAUGAACUUGUUCCUGGUGGGAAAACCAUGCCAGUUACCAAUGAAAACAAGAUCAGCUACAUCCAUCUGAUGGCCCACUUCCGGAUGCACACCCAGAUCAAAAACCAGACGGCCGCUUUCAUUAGUGGCUUCCGUUCCAUCAUCAAGCCGGAAUGGAUCCGCAUGUUCUCUGCGCCGGAGCUGCAGCGCCUGAUAUCCGGGGACAAUGCUGAGAUCGAUCUGGAAGACCUGAAGAAACACACGGUGUACUACGGGGGCUUCCACGGCAGCCACAGAGUCAUAAUUUGGCUAUGGGACAUCCUCGCCCAUGACUUCAGCCCUGACGAAAGAGCCAUGUUUCUCAAGUUUGUCACCAGCUGCUCCCGGCCGCCACUCUUGGGCUUCGCCUACCUCAAGCCUCCCUUCUCCAUCCGUUGCGUGGAGGUCUCGGAUGAUCAGGACACGGGGGACACCCUGGGCAGCGUCCUGCGGGGCUUCUUCACCAUCCGGAAGAAGGAGCCGGGCGGGCGCCUCCCCACCUCCUCGACCUGCUUCAACCUCCUCAAGCUGCCCAACUACAGCAAGAAGAGCGUCCUGCGGGAGAAGCUGCGCUACGCCAUCAGCAUGAACACUGGCUUCGAGCUCUCGUAGCUGCCGGGGUCUUUCCGGGGCCGCUGCCUGGGCCGGGUGUGCCGUGCCAGGUCCUCCCAGGCAGGAGGGGGAAGCGGGAGGGGCAGCGGUCCUCUGCUCUGCGCUGUGUGGGCUGGGCACUGAGCGUGGCGGCCCCAGAGGGGAAAGGGCCGGCCUUGGCGGCGGCAGCCGUGACUCACCGGGAUCUGAAAGCAGCUGGUCUGCUAUUAAAGGAAGCUUUGAGUGCGAAGGCUGUGAAGGUGCGGAGCGGGAAGAGUCCUGAUCGGUGGAGGCUGGAGCUGGGGCUCUCUACUUCUGAACCAGGGCCUGGUGCCCACAGCUGGAGAGCUGCGUGGAGAUGCUGCUGCGUGCUCCUUCAGCUCUGCUGAGGUUUGGCCAAAGCUUCUCUGUGUGAAACAGGCACAUGGUUGGACUUUGGGGUGUGCAGGAUGGGCUGGAACAGAGGCCAUGUAAUGAAUGGGGGUACUUCCUUCUCCCUGUCCUGUUUAUGAAAGUUGGGAGGGGGCCCAAGCCCUGUUGUUUACAUCACUCCGAAAGGGCAGUGAGGUCACUCCAAGGCGGCCUUUUGCCCUGUGGCCAGGAGUUGCAGCUGGUUUGCCAAAAGCCUCGCCUCACCUCACCUGCAGAGACUUGAGCCGCCCUCUGUUCCGUCUUUCCUCCAAGCGGAAUCUCUCACCUUGGUCUGUUCCGUCACCUUAAACUUGUCCAUUUGGUCCUGCUGCAAAAUUUGGUCCUGGUCAAUUUCUUUCUUUUGCCCUUAACUUAUUAUAUGAGACCUUCAGCGGCCAGGUUGUCCAGGAAGCUGUAACCAAAACAUCUUCUGGCUAGAUCUGUGGUGUGCAUGGUUUCCACUGGCUAGUUGGCAAGCCCUCAGCAGCCAGAUCCUGCAUAGGGGACAGUGGAUUGUGAGCACAGGCCAGCCUCCAAAUAGAGACAAGGCGCACUUUCACCCUGUCCUCUCCAGAAGCUCUGGCAUAUUUCUGUCCUUCUGCUGCACUGGAGCCGACUCUCGUCUGGGUCCAGGAGUGAGUAGUCUGAGCUGCGUGCAGACAGGGCUCUCCGAGAGUCUUGCUUGUUGCUCGCACUGAAGAGGAAGGGCUGAAGAGCCCUUGGCCUGUGAGCAGAGCCAACCCUUCUACCACUCGCAAGAUCCCGUGACAAAGGCCUCUUGGAGGUUGUGUAGCUGCAGAGUCCCCUGAGCCAUUUGGGACACCAAUUUCACCAGGGCUUGUUUUUGCUCCCUUCUCGAAACCGCCAGGAACUCCGGAGUGCCCAACUCCUGCAGAGCUCAGCACUUCCAAGUGAGUUUCGGCUGAAGUUGUGAACUGUUCCCUCUGUGGGUUUGUGUGAGUUGGCUUUCACGUUUCUGUCUGCUCACACACACACCCCCUUUAACAUUUUGAAAACCUGGAUUAGAGCAGCUUUGGGGUGAUGCUGUCCCCCUAAAUAGGUUGUGGCUGUUCAUUCUGACGGAACGUUCCUGUCUGUCCCAGAGGAUCUGGCCUUCCUUCGGGCAGUUCAGGAGGAGAGAGAGAGGGCAGCCAGCCACUGCCACGUUCUCAUAACCUUUUCCCCAUCAAAAUGGAUUGGUUGCGCAUAUGCAACAGAAGCUGGCUUGCUCCCUCCCGGGCGGCGGCAGUAGCAACUCCCGAUCUCUUUCCCCAAAGGCAUUCAGGGAUUGAAACUAGGACAGUCUUCAAGGUUGCCCCUUCCUGCCAGCUGCCGGCUGAUUCCGUGACCCUUGCUUGUUUGGGAAACCCCUCCCACCCCCCGUGAGGGAAUUCUGUGAAGGAAGGAAGUGCCCAGAUAAAGGGUAGCUGCAACUGUAAAUAUUGUACAGAAUUUUUCAAGGAAGUUGCAUGUGCCGUUUUAUUAAUUUCUUUUGCCGAAGAAGCCCCGUUGGCACUUCCUGGUUUGCGGGUUCUGCUGACCGGCAACAGCAUAGCUGGAAGGUGUAAAAUAGUUUUGUUUUUUAAAAAAACUCUACUGAUGGGCAGGGCCCAAAUGAGCUUAUAGGCAUGAAACAUUUAACACUACAUCUCUCUGUGUGUGUGUGUAUUCCCACCCCCACCCUACCCCUUUCACUGACUUUUAAAUGUUUCUCGAGAAUGAAAAGCUCUCUAAUAUUCUGUGGCCAGGAGCUCCAUGGUUUUCUCCAGGAAUCUGAAAAUAUUGCAGUACAGAGGAGGGGAAGCAAAGCAAACGACAGAUUGUAUCGUCAAAGGCUUUCAUAGCCAGAAUCACUAGGGUAUUGUGGGUUUUCCGGGUUGUAUGGCCGUGUUCCAGUAG